CUCGCUGCCACCAUCCCACCGACACAGCAAUGGCAGACACGCAACAGAAGCGCAAGGCGUUCCACAGCCAUUCGUCCUUCAGUCGAGCUGCGGGAAAUGAGGAGAAAGCAUCUUUUUUGCAGUGAACCGUUACUCACCUCUCCUCAUCUCGUGUCAACCCCGUCUCUUCCCCUCUCGUUUCCUGCCAUUCGAGAGCUGUGAUGUGAGAGGGUCUACCCCCCCGCCGUCACGGCGGCGGCUGGCUCGCCAUUCGCGAGACUCGUACAGUACAGUACAGUAGAGCACUACCGUUCGCGCGACAUCCCUGUUCGCACCUCUCUCUCCGCUGUCCCCUCAUGGCGUUAAACGCGCAAGUUGCGCGACCGCCUGGAGCAGCGCGACUCCGCAGGCCGUGCAACCACCCUGGCGAGGCGCAUUCCUCAGGAGUCUUGAGAUUCCACAGGCGGCUCUAGUGGCUCUAGCGGCUCUUGUUGACCCCCCUGAAGGACCUCCUGAAGCUUCUCCUGAAGCGAAUACGCCGCCUGAAGCACCUCUGAUGUGCGUGCGGACUUUAAUCGAGGGUGCAGAUGGGCCGCUGAUAAGCAACGGCGUUUCACCGCCAAUCACGAAUGCGUGUUCAAGCAUCCCUACGCUUUUGAUUCGACUUAAAAGCAUGAUGCGUGCUCAGACAACGCUACGAUUCUGAGUCGACUCAGAGGCAAGCAUCACUCUGACACUCUCUCUCUUGCUCGCUUCUGCUACCUCGCGCUCUCUCGCUCCCACCGCCGCGUGCCUCCAGCUACUGGUUCUGCUAUUUUAUCCAUAGCCGUUUCUGCGCUUCUCCUCGACGGGACUUUACUAUGACGGUGGCACGCGAUGACGCUGUCGGUCGCCGGCUGUUGUGGCUGACCGUCACCGUCGUCUUGACGAUUUCCGUCGACGCAUCCACCGCGAACGAUGGUGACAAAACAGCUAUCAGCGGCCAGCUACCCCCGAGGCUCCAUCUGGUGGGCAGAGUGAGCGAGUUUGAAGGCCAGCUCAACUACUACUUGCCACGGCGGUUCAGGACCCACCCAGAGCGAGUCAACCUGGUGACUCGUCCGCUGGGCUUUCCUCUCGAUACGGCUCGCCUGCCCAAUGUAAUGAUGGGCUUCUUUGAGCACUUUCCCCUGCGCACGCCUCGACCCCCGGACUUUCCAAGCAACCCGAACCAGCCGGGCAACUCAAAUGACAAUUCAGGCAGCUCAGUUGACCACGCCUCCGGUGGCUCAGGCGGCUCAAAUGCCACUGCAGGCAGCUCAUUUGACCGUGCCUCAGGCGAGUCGGACUGGGCGGUGAAGCUGGGGUGCCACGGCCCUCCCUGCCCCGCCUUCGGCUCCUGCACCGCCCGCUACCCCAACGUGCAGGCGUGCUGGAACCAGCACCUCGUGGACCAAGCAGAGGACGAACCCAUCCCCCCUAUAAACUGCCCCGUUAAGGGGAACAACAGCAAGUGGGUGGGGGGAGUGAGGAGGGUGGAGUUGGACGAGUCGUGCUCUCACCGGGAGGAUUUCACGCCGCACGGGCCGUCCGCGCUGCAGAUGAUGCGGCUGGACGACGUGUUUGUGACGGCCGACGGCUUCACGGUCAACAGAACACACGUGUUCGUGCGGAACGGGUGCCGGAGAUUCUGGCGAAAGGCCAAGUACGAGGCGCAGCACGUGGUGCACCACCUGCCAACGGCUGUGUUCAACUGGGCCCACCAACCGGGCGGCAACUUCUACCACUUCAUGGUGGAGCUCGUGCCGCUCUUCCUAGUGGCGGCGCCCCUCAUGCCGUCCACGCUCCGACACCUGCCCGUGCUCGCCAGGCAGCAACAGUGGCUUCUGUACGAGCAUCUGGGGGCGCCUCUCAUCGGCAUCCAGCCCGAUCAGAUCCGCCUGCUGCCCACAUUCGGGAACGACCUCUUUCACGCCAAUGUGGUGUACCAGCCCCUGUACCAGGACUGCGACCAUCCCAGCCGGCCUCUCUGGCAUUUGCUGCGGCGGCGCCAUCUGCUGCACCCCGCCGGCCUCCCUCUCUUCAACCCUGACUGGACCUACCGCCAAAACGCCCCUCUCUCUCCCCGUGAGGCGCGCGCCUUCCCCCCCGACUGGGUGGUGGUGCUGGCAAAGCGCCCGGAGGGUGGCCGGCGGGCGCUGGUGAAUUUCCGGGAGGUGGAGGAGCAGGUGGUGCGGCGGUUUGGGCGCGAGAGAGUGGUGGUUUACAAUGGGUCGCUUCCAAUUCUGCAAGCUCGUGAACUUUUUCGCCGGACCCGGCUCUACAUUGCGGGCCACGGGGCGGCCCUGACCAACAUGAUCUUCAUGCCGGAGGAAGCCUCCGUCCUCGAGAUUCGCCCCGAGGGCUGCCACGUGACGGUCUUCCACCUCCUCGCCUCCGCCUGCUCCCUGCGCUACCACCUCGUGUUCAGUCAAGGGGACUGGUUCUCCCCUGCUGUGGCUAAUGUGACGAGUGUGGCUCGGGUGCUUGAUACGGUUCAUGCAAGGUUUCACGAGGAGGAUGCGGGAGGCAAGGGGAGCAAUUUUGCCAGAGACAAGGAAAGAGAUAUUGCCAUCUGACUACUUUCCAACCUCCUCCUCACCUGUGCCUUGCUCCCUGCGCUUAGUCUGUUGUAUUGUAUUGUAUGUUAUUAACCCUUAACUAUUUGCCCCAAGGGCUGCCUGCCACGUGACUUGGCUUCUGUCAAGAGACCCACUGGGGUUGCCCUAGAAGAUCCUCGGAAGGGCCAUAGGCAGCUAUGACUGGGGGGUUAUGGGCGUGCUGACCCCCUACUUAACAAGCCCUUGGCGGCUGUGUUCCUGAGAGCUUCCACCUCCUCGCCUCCGCCUGCUCCUUGCGCUACCCUACCACCUCGUGUUUAGUCAAGGGGGUUGGUUGGCUCUCCCCUGCUGUGGCUGAUGUGACGAGUGUAGCUCGGCUGCUUGAUGCGGUUCUUGCGAGGUUCCUAAGGAAGAGGUAUUGCCAACGUA